AUGCCGUCCACUUACCGCCGGGUUCGUGCUUGGUUUGCGGGGCUUCGAAAGAAGAGGGUAGCACCACAGUCCUCUCCUUCAGGAUCGAGCUCGAAAAUCCGUGCUACCCCAAGUGGAACCGCCAACCAAGCAAGCCGCAGUUACUACGCGGAAGCCGAAUUACCGGGACAUAGUUCUCCACUCGUUUGUCGGCCGUCGAAUGGUCUGCAGCUCGUGGAGCCAUCUUCAAGCCGCUCUUCCGUCUUCUACGAACCUUUGCUGGAUAAAUACGCAUUUCGCCUCUUGAUCUUGCACCCUUCCGCCGACAGGAAUGCGCCCAUAGUCUGUUCUUUGGUCCAUCGGAAUCUAAGGGACCGGAUCGACUACACAGCUCUCUCGUAUGUGUGGGGCGAUCCGAGUCCCGCACAACGCAUACUAGUCAACGGCCAUGAAGUCAAAGUUACACCCAAUCUGCACGAAGCCUUGAUUCAUCUGCGAGGCGAUUCGGCUGGCGUGCUAUGGGUGGACGCUUUGUGUAUCAAUCAGAAAGACGUACUCGAACGCGGUCACCAGGUCGCACGCAUGGGUGAGGUGUACUCUCAAGCCCAUCAUGUGGUUUCGUGGCUCGGUCCAGCAUCGGAAGAAUCGACCUCAAUUGAUGACCUGGAAGUCGAUUCCCGCCCGUACUGGCAGCGAGCGUGGAUUAUUCAGGAAUUUUUGAUGGCGAGGUCUGUGGUUCUAAUGUGCGGCGAUUGGGUUUUUAUGGAGGAAGACGAGUUCGGCAACUACGAUCCCAACUUUGGUGGUCUCGAACUGGACGAACGCUUCCGGGGCUCAGACUUCUGGCGAAAGUCCACCUCAAUUCAGUUGUGCCGGUUGCGGGAAGACGCGCUAUCAGGAGGUCGAGGGAAAAGUGCAACAGUCACUUACCCUCUCGACAGGGUAGUCCGGCUGGGUGCAAAUGCUAUCGCUUCUGAUCCGAGAGACUAUGUCUAUAGCCUGCUAGGAUUGGUGGACAAAAACGAAAUCCCAGGUCUAGAGCCCGACUAUACGCUGUCGCCGUGCGAAGUCUUCUGUCGCACGCUCCGUAUUCUAUCAGAUCAGAGCCACGCGGGCUCUCGCGAGUAUCGAGAGGAGAAGAUGAACGCAGCAAAGCAUUACAGGACUUUUGGGAGGAAGCACGACAAAUAUGCAGAAGAUAGAAAGAAUUGCGAUGGGAAUGAGCGCUGCACCACUUCCUGGUUGCUAGAGAAUUGGUCUGGGCUGGUUUCGCUCGAGCCGUGA